AGCGAAAUUAUUAAAUUCUGUUUUUUUUCGUGAUUAGAGAGAUUUAUUUUUAGAAGAAAAAUAUUGUAAAGGGAAGUAAACACAAGCAUGUUGAGACUUAGACAAGUGGCAAAAACAAACAGAUUUUUGGGAGUUAGCUCAAGAAAAUAUGGAUCUGAGCCAGCUUCAACUGAAAUUAAGCUCCCAACAGAGGCUGAUGUUGUUAUCAUUGGUGGCGGCUCGCAAGGAUGCAACACAUUGUACCAACUGGCAAAACGCGGAUGCAAAGCUGUGUUAUUAGAAAAAAAUAAGCUCACAUCUGGCACGACGUGGCAUACGGCGGGUCUUGUAUGGCGUUUACGUCCCAACGAUGUCGAAAUUGGACUUCUUGCGAGCACUCGAAACACUCUUUUGAACUUGGAGAAGGAAACGGGACUCGAUUCCGGUUUCAUCAUGAAUGGCGGUUUGUUCAUUGCUCAUUCCGAAGAACGGUUAAAUGAGUACAAACGACUUCACACGUUAGGGAAAUGCUUUGGCAUCGAAUCGCACGUCCUUUCGCCCGAGGAAACGGUGAAACAAGUUUUUCCUUUGCUCGAUUACAAGGCAUUCACGAGUGCUUUGUACUCGCCAGGCGAUGGAGCAGUAGAUCCAGCGAUGAUGUGCGCUGCCUUGUCCAAGGGAUCGAAGGAUUUGGGUGCUCAGUUGUUUGAAGAUUGUCCGGUGGAGGAGAUUUUGGUGGCAAAAGACGAAAUAACGGGACACAAAAAGGUUAAAGGUGUUCGUACGAGUUUCGGUGACAUUCGAACGGACUGCGUUGUUAAUGCCACGGGUGUUUGGGGACGUGAUUUGACGGAGAAACAUGGCGUUUACUUACCUCUUAUCCCCAUGAAACAUGCAUACACCGUUUCCGAGCCGAUGGAAAAGAUCCGCGGAAUGCCCCACGUUCGCGAUCACGAUUUCUCGAUCUACUUCAGAAUUCAGGGAGAAAGUAUUUGCAUGGGUGGCUACGAGGAUAAUCCAAUUUUGCUGGAUCGCGUGGAGAAAGAUUUCCAUUUUGGGCUUUAUGACUUGGAUUAUUCCGUAUUUGAUACACACGUUCGUGGUGCUGUCGAAUUGUGUCCUGCUUUGGGCAUGGUCGGUAUCAAAUCAACCAUUUGCGGUCCCGAAUCUUUCACGCCCGAUCAUAAGCCCUUGAUGGGCCCAGAUCCACGUCUCGAUGGAUUGUUCCACAAUUGUGGCUUCAAUUCGGCCGGCAUGAUGUUGGGAGGCGGUUGCGGCGAACAAAUGGCCGAAUGGAUUUUGCAUGGAAGACCGAGUGCGCACAUGUUUGCUUAUGAUAUUCGGAGAUUUACGCCGCGUCAGACGAAAAAUAUUGUCUGGGCAACGGAGAGAAGUCACGAGGCAUAUGCCAAAAAUUACAGUAUUGUCUUUCCGCAUGACGAGCCACUUGCUGGGCGUGAUCUCAUCCAUGAUCCGUUCCAUAAAGAGAUGGUGCAGUAUGGAGCUGUUAUGGAAGAACGACAAGGUUGGGAGCGUCCGGGAUAUUUUUUGAAAGAGGGGUCGGCAGUUGUCCAAAGUUAUGAUUGGUAUGGCGCAUACGGGCAUAAGAGGAAUUUCAACACGUACUACGAGGAACAACUGAAGUCUGAUUAUACUUUUGGCUUCCCGGAUCAUCAUGAUUUGAUCGGAGAAGAAGCUAUGACGUGUCGGACAGCUGCCACAGUUUUUAAUUUGAGCUAUUUCUGCAAACUAUUCCUUACUGGAAAAGACGCUCAGAAAGCCGCAGAUUGGAUUUUCACCGCUGACAUGACAAAACCAGUUAACAAAACAAUUUACACGUGUGCUCUAAAUUCGCGUGGCGGCGUCGAGGCUGACGUGACCGUUACACCACUCGAUGCUGGUUCCGGUGAGCUGCAUGACCCCAUUUUCAAGGGAAAGGGCUUUUACAUCAUUGCCGGUGGUGCAAGUGCCUCACACACCAUUGCCCACAUGCAAGAGGAAAUUCGUCGAAAGCAAUUUAAUGCCAUCGUCACAGAUGUCACCCAAGAAAUGGGAGUGUUGUCUGUACAAGGACCAAAUAGCAGAAAAAUCUUACAAAGUUUAACCAGAAUGGACUUGUCGGAUGAGUCCUUGCCUCCAAAUUCUGCGGGAAUCGCAUCAAUCCAUUUGCAUAACGGACGCGAAACGCGCAACGUUCGUUUGCUACGUGUGAGUUUUGUUGGCGAGCUCGGUUAUGAAUUGCACAUUCCAAAAGAAAACUGCAACGAAGUUUACGAGACUUUGAUGCACGUUGGCGGAUCAUUUGGACUUCGUAAUGCCGGAUAUCGAUCUCUGUAUUCACUGAGUAGCGAAAAGGGUUACCAUUUAUGGGGAUACGAUUUAAAAUCUGAUGACACACCAAUCGAAGCGAAUUUAGGAUUUACAUGUCGUGCAAAGGGCGAUUAUCAAGGAAAACCUGUCGUCGAGAGACAAUUGAAGGAAGGUGUUACCAAAAAGAUGGCUUACUUUACGUUAGACGAGCAAGUUCCCGUCUGGGGACUCGAGGCAGUUUACCGCGAUGGACAAAUUGUUGGUCAUUUGAGACGUGGUGAGUACGCUUACAUGUUACACAAGCCACUUGGACAGGCCUACAUCAAACAUCCAGAAGGAAAAGUUGUCGAUAAUGAUUUUAUUACGUCGGGCAAAUACCAAAUUGAGAUAAUGGGACAGCUCUAUAACGCCGAGUGCCAUUUGAGAAGUCCUUUUGAUCCUAAGGGAAAGAGAAUCAAGGGUAUCUAUGAAUAUUAAGCAAAAAAUGAAGUGAAAUGAGGAAUAAAUGUUAAAAAUUAUUUGUUGGUUUUUUCUGCGGUUUAAUUCAAUUUUC